GGAGCGAACGGGAAGAAUUCGAAGAGCCAGCUGAUCUGGAAGAAUGCAGGAGCUGCAGCUUUCAGUCUAGAAAGAGAGAGAGAGCGAGAGAGCACUGCAGCGGCGGCGGCAGCAACAGCAGCAAACUCCCAUCGCAGCUCGUCCCAUGAACCAUCUUCCAGUCACACAGUCCGGCUGCAUGCCCGGGCCGCGGCCACUGUCCCUCCUGGCCUGCCACGGGCAGCUGCCUGUCGGAUUGCAGGGCUUGUUGUGAAAUUGUGUGUGUGUGUGUGUGCUUCGCCCACCCGUGGCUGCGAGCCGGAGGUCACCGUGUAAAUGAACUGAACCCGGAGACCCUAAAAUGUGGAGACUCCACGAAGAGCGAAUGUCUAGUUUUUGCUCCUUUCUCACAGGACUGUCUGUCAUGUGCUGGCUACAAAGUGUCAAUGGACUCGGCAACAUUUCCCUGGUUAAAAGAACAGUUGACAGAUUGCUCAGAGGAUAUGAUAUUCGCCUUAGACCUGAUUUCGGAGGGUCUCCAGUUACAGUGGGGAUGAGUAUUCAUAUAGCCAGCAUAGACAUGAUCUCGGAAGUUAAUAUGGAUUAUACUAUUACCAUGUAUUUCCAACAAGGUUGGAGGGACAAGCGUUUGUCAUAUACGGCUCUCCCGCUCAAUCUCACCCUGGACAAUCGGGUGGCUGAUCAGCUGUGGCUCCCAGACACGUACUUCCUGAACGACAAGAAAUCCUUUCUCCACGGGGUGACCGUGAAAAACCGUAUGAUCCGCCUGCACCCUGAUGGCACUGUCUUGUACGGACUCAGGAUCACCACCACAGCAGCUUGUAUGAUGGACUUGCGCAGAUACCCCCUAGAUGAGCAGAACUGUACUUUGGAAAUAGAGAGCUAUGGAUACACGACAGAUGAUAUUGUGUUUCACUGGGAAGGUGAUGAUGCAGCCGUGACUGGGGUAGACAACCUUGAACUCCCUCAGUUCACAAUUGUCAAACUGAGCUUGCUAUCAAAGGAGGUCGUUUUUGCGACAGGUUCAUAUCCUCGCUUGUCACUCAGUUUUCGAAUCAAGAGGAACAUUGGCUAUUUUAUUCUGCAGACCUAUAUGCCAUCGAUCCUUAUCACCAUCCUGUCCUGGGUCUCUUUCUGGAUCAAUUAUGAUGCUUCAGCUGCACGAGUGGCCCUUGGUGUUACCACUGUGCUGACCAUGACCACCAUCAACACCCACCUACGGGAAACCCUCCCGAAGAUCCCCUACGUGAAAGCCAUUGACAUCUACCUGAUGGGCUGCUUUGUCUUUGUGUUCCUCGCCUUGCUGGAGUAUGCCUUUGUCAAUUACAUCUUCUUCGGCAAAGUCCCAGCCCAACCAAAGAAGCCAAUGGGGAAAACCAGCAAAAGCAACACGGAGAGGGGACGGCUUGGCAACACCAGAGUUGAUGCACAUGGAAAUAUCCUCCUGAGCACGUUGGAACUGAACGAUGAAGUCCUCCCAUCAGAGGUUGCUAGCAGUGUGAGCGAUUCACGCAAUUCCGUCAUGUCCUUUGACAGCUCUGGGAUCCAGUUCCGUCGAGUCGGAUCCAGAGAUGGUCUAGGGCUGAGCACCAGAGAGCGAAACAUAGACCGUGACCCCACCAAGAGCCGCCUCCGUCGCCGGUCCUCCAAACUCAAGCUGAAGAUCCCAAAGUUGACGGAUGUUAGCGCCAUCGAUAAAUGGUCCCGGGUGGUGUUUCCCAUAACGUUUGGCUUGUUCAAUGUGAUUUACUGGCUGCACUAUGUGCACUGAGAGGGCGAAGAGAGAGAAAGAGAGAUGGACAGGUCACAUGGUCAUCUUAAAUCAACUGCCAAUCUUCGUGUGACCAGGACUUUGUACACAUGUAAAAACAAGGACAAUUUGGAAAGGUCUUAACAUCCAUCGAGAAUGUUAUGUCACCUUUCGAUUGCCAGCUGUUUUGUUUCCCCUGAAAUCCAAACAUGGCUUCCCAAAUUUCUGCUGUUAAUGGUGCAUGACGAUCAUUUUAAACCUGUACAAAUUACAAACUCUAUUGUAGAUGGCUUUCAUGGACUGCUGCAUCCCAUGACAAACCAUCAUUUUGAAUGACUGAACCCUCUUCAUUCAUAAAGCAUAGUUGAGAGAAAAUAUUGGGGUGGAGUGUGCAAGAAGGAGGAGGUGUCAUUGAUGGAAGAGAGAAGGUUAGAACUGAAAGCAAUUUGCAGUUAGCUGUUCUGAACCA